GCCGCGCCGAUUGGCGCGUUCGAGGAGCGGCUGCGCGUGGGCGCCCACCGCCCCUCACGGCCCCUCACGGCCCCGCCGCCCGGCUCGCACAGCGCCGGCCCCUCGGAGCCCAGCUGGCCCCUCGCACCGCCGGCCCGGCACGCAGAACUGCGGCUGAAGGAGCUUAAAGGGCCACAGAUGAAAGAAAGAACAUGAACAUUUCUGAAGGUGUGAGAUGUGUCUGGCAGUGACCUCCUUACCUCAGUAAUAAAGAAGAGUUUUUCUACAGGAACUUAUGGUAUCUUUACUCCAGCUUCUUAAUAUACUAACUGGAACGGUGCUCUGACAAUUCUUCAUAAUUAAGCACUUACCCUACCACAGAACUGUAUUUCUUCCUCUACUGAUAAUGUAACUCAAUGGCGGAAAAUAAUGUUUUGAUAAGCAUGCGUGAGGAUCACUCCUUUCACGUGCGAUACAGGAUGGAGGCCUCCUGCCUGGAGCUGGCUCUGGAAGGCGAGCGCCUGUGCAAGGCAGGAGAUUGCCGGGCCGGAGUGUCUUUCUUUGAAGCUGCUGUUCAGGUUGGAACCGAAGAUUUACGGACCCUGAGCGCCAUUUACAGCCAGCUGGGCAAUGCCUAUUUCUACCUGCAUGAAUAUGCAAAGGCCUUGGAAUACCAUCACCACGAUUUGACUCUUGCAAGGACAAUUGGAGAUCUACUGGGAGAAGCUAAAGCUAGUGGGAAUCUGGGCAACACCUUAAAGGUACUUGGGAAUUUUGAAGAAGCUAUUGUUUGCUGUCAGAGACAUCUGGAUAUUUCCAGAGAACUUAAUGAUAAGGUUGGAGAAGCAAGAGCACUGUAUAAUCUGGGAAACGUGUAUCACUCUAAAGGGAAAAAUGUAGCUAAUGCUGGAACUCAUGAUCCAGGGGAACUUCCAGAUGAUGUGAAGAACGCUUUACAAAAAGCUGCCAAGUAUUAUGAGGAAAACCUGUCAAUAGUAACAGAGCUGGGUGACAGAGCAGCACAAGGGCGUGCCUUUGGAAAUCUGGGGAACACACACUAUCUUCUGGGCAACUUCAGGAGUGCAGUUUUAGCCCAUGAACAGCGUCUCCUAAUUGCAAAAGAAUUUGGUGAUAGAUCAGCAGAAAGAAGAGCAUACAGCAACCUUGGAAAUGCCUACAUAUUCCUGGGGGAAUUCGAAACUGCUGCUGAAUACUACAGGAGGACGCUGCAGCUGGCUCGGCAGCUGAAGGACAGAGCUGUGGAGGCGCAGGCCUGCUACAGCCUGGGGAACACCUACACUCUGCUCCAGGACUAUGAGAGAGCCAUUGAUUAUCACCUCAAACACCUUGUGAUUGCUCAGGAACUGCAUGACAAAAUUGGAGAAGGAAGAGCGUGCUGGAGUUUAGGGAAUGCUUAUACUGCUCUGGGAAAUCAUGACCAAGCCAUCCACUUUGCAGGAAGGCACCUGGAGAUUUCAAGAGAGGUAGGAGACAGAAGUGGAGAACUCACUGCCAGACUCAAUCUCUCAGAUCUUCAAAUGGUUCUUGGAUUAAGCUACAGCACAAACAACUCUAUGAUGGCAGAAAGCCAAGCUGUGGAAAACAGUAUGAAUGGUGGCAGACCAAGAGGACGCCGUUACAGCAUGGAGAACAUGGAACUUAUGAAAUUAACACCAGAAAAGGUUCCAAACUGGAACAGUGAGAUUCUUGCUAAACAGAAACCACUGGUUGCCAAAACUUCAGCAAAACUUCAUUUUGUAAAUCGACUAAAAGGCAAAAAGUACAAAAAUGGCACCACCUCCAAAGUAUUGCAGGAUGCCAGUAAUUCCAUUGAUCAUCGACUUCCAAACUCCCAGAGGAAAAGCAGUCGUGAGACAGUGGCAGACGAAGGCUUCUUUGAUCUGCUGAGUCGGUUCCAGAGUAACAGGAUGGAUGACCAGAGGUGCUGCUUCCAGGAGAAGAACAGACUCGCAGCUGCUUCAGCGGCAACAUCCUCUACUCCACCUGCAACGAUGAUAAAAUCCCUCUCCACGUCGGCAGUGUCCCCGCACACGGACGAGUUCCUGGAGCUGCUGGCGAGCUCGCAGAGCCGCCGCCUGGACGACCAGCGCGCCAGCGCCGGCGAGCUGCCCGGCCUGCGCGGCAGCCAGCCCGGCCUGCGCGGCAGCCAGCCCGGCCUGCGCGGCAACCAGCCCGGCCUGCGCCGCCUCGCGGCCAGCGCCAACAGCGACCUGGACGACGACUUCUUCGACAGACUCAUCAAAUGCCAGGGUUCCAGACUGGAUGAUCAAAGAUGUGCUCCCCCAGGAGCUGCCAAAGGCCCCACUGUACCCGAUGAGGAUUUUUUCAGCCUGAUUUUGCGCUCACAAGCGAAGAGAAUGGAUGAGCAGAGAGUUCACUUACCCUCAGCUGUAAAGGGCCCCAAUUCCAGCUGAAGACCCCAGAGGCGUGCACUGUACAGCAGCAUCCUAGGGCUCAUUGGGGUUUGCUGGAAAAGCCCUCUUGCCUUUUUAAGAUGAUUACAAUUAGUAGCUUUGUCUCCUUCUGAUUUUUUACUGCACUAGCAGCAGCAUCACACUCAUGAGCAGUAGUUACAGAGCUGCCCCGCUCCUGCAGUUGGCAGCUGCUUUCAGAGCAGUGUCUGAGGUACUGGUACUGGGUCUCCCUCUUCAUUGCCUCUGUCUAUCAAAACUUCCAUGAUUUUUUUUCUCUGUCAAUUCUCUCAUUGCUCAUAAGUGGAUUCUACCACUGUCUCAAUCUAGUGUACGACUUAAAUUUUUAUGUUCUUUUUAAAGAAAACUUGAUUUUCCCCUGAUUUGUACCUCUUGAAAAAAGAUCUGUUUUCUUUUAUACUUUUUUUAAAAAAGUAAUUAAAAAAAAAAAAGAAGAAAUAGCUUCAGUAUUUAGUCUUUUUGCAGAAACACAGUUUGGAAGAAUCAAUCAUUUCUAUUAAAAAUCCUAGUUUUAAUUCUGUUUAAUAAAAAAUAGUUUUUUCAAACAUGAUGGGUUUUUGGGAAUAUUUAGUUAACUGUUUCCUACAUUAAUUCAGAACAGUUUUGCAAUCUGCAGAAGUUUUCAAGCAGUACUUACUUUCAAGAAACAGCUGUCCACACUGCUCUCUACAGCUUGUGCAGUACGUGCCCCUGCACCAGGAAUCACAGGGGUGGUGGGCACUGGGCACCAGCUCCCCUGGGCCUGGGGCAGUGCCUGCAGCCACCAAUUCCCAGUGUCACACACAGGAGCUGCCUCCUGUACCCGACCUCAGCUCCUGAGCUGGGCUGGAGAGUUCUGGGGAACAACCACUGCAGUGCCCAUCCCCAGAGCAGCUCCUGGCCCUCUUCAGCUUUGAACUGGCUAAAACGCGCCUGCUACAACAUCAGAUUCUCAUUCUCUGCCAAUCCUUACACCAGGAGGAAAUCCAUAAGCUGUCCUAAAACCGAGCUGAUAAAGAACAUAAACCCAAAGACAGACUGAGACAUCUGGGCUGGGAAUUAGCAUCACAGGAAUUACUCAAAACUUAUCUCACAAACCUGAUUUCCAACAAGCAGCAACACUACAGAAGCUUGGGGGGUUUUUGGCCACUUAAAGGUUAACACCUCUGUUUCAGAUUCCAGAUGCAGUGCAUGUACUUACUCUCCCAGAUUUUACAACCUUGAUGUUCUCUCUUCUACACUUGAGAAUGAGAGCAGAAGUAGAAGUACAUGACAAUUAAAGAUUAGACAAAACUUA